AUGAUUGGAGAAACUUCACUGGACAAUUUGCCAGAAAUUGUGGAUCCAGAAAAUCAAGAAAAUUUAGAUUUGGAAGAAUCUCAACAAGAAGAAGAACCUACUUUAGAAGAACGUUUAACAGAAUUAGUCCAAAAUGUGUUAAAUAAAAGUUGUGCUGUAGCAAUUCGUGCAAUGAAGGAUUUGGAACAAAAAUUUUUGAAUGAUGAAGAUACUUUGGAAUUAAUUGAAUGUGCUAAUAAAUUGGUGGAUACAAUUCGUGAAGAAACUAGUCGACAAAAUAAAUUUGCUUAUAUUCCUCCAAUUCCAAAUAAUCACUUGGCCAGCUUUUUGUUGUUACGUUUUGAGGAGGAACGCGUAAAUAUUAAAAAGGCGGCGAUUUGUGCUUUUCAGGCUCUUUUCCCACAUCUUGCUGAUAGAGACCCAGAGAAUGGUAGUGUUACUUGUGAUGCCCUAAUUACCACUGUUUGUGCUGAUCGUCUGGCCAAUAAAUGCAAAGAUUUGGCUUUAGCUGUCCGCAAACAGGCUGCUUUGACUUUAACUCGUUUAUUGCAAGAAUAUGGAUUAAAUGUUGAACGUUUUCGUUCAACAUGGCUUCAUGCAGUAAUGCACCAAAUUGUUGAUAGAGAGCCAAGUGUUCAACAACAUGCAGCUAAACUUAUUUCGGAGGUACUUGUGGAGCCAUUACUUCGUGAUUCUAAUGCUAGUGGGGAAUUAGUUUGGGUUUUACUUGCUGCUAUUGAAGAAGAAGCGGAUUUGCGACGUUUAUUUCUUCGCACACUUGUCCAUCUACACACCGAAAAACUACUUUCUCCUCGUAUUGUCAAAUUAUUGUUUAACCGUGCUUCAAAACAGCCACAACAAGCAAAUGCCUGUUGGAUGAUGUUAAGCGAACUUUCUGCAUUUUUAGAUGUAUCUCCAGCACCGGCAAUUGAACAUUGGUCUGAACAUUUAAAUUUGGAUGAACAAAAUCGUUUAAUUGGUUAUAUGUCAAAAGUAAUUGCAAAUCGUGCUGAUUGUUUAAGUCUGCAACAACGGAAUUUUCUCAAGUCAAAUAUGGGUGAUGCUCUAACAAAUCACAAAGUAAAUCCAACAUAUAUUAACGCUGUUUAUUUUGCAUAUGCACGAGUUUUGAAAGGCGUAGCAAAAGGAGGAGACCAACAACUUCAGCAACCUUCAGGCCAUGCAGAAUUGGAACGUUUUAAUCAGCGUUGGUAUAGCAAAACUUUGAGAGCUCUCGAUAAAACAGUUUAUGAGGAAGGGGCUUCUGGAGAUGAAAUUGUUUCUUUUGAAGAACAAAUUGAAGACCAUCUGCGUUCUUUUCAAUCACCUCCGCCUAAUAAUAAUAAUGAAAAUCGGGAAAAUGUUGUGACUGAUAAACCAACUGAUGACAGAUUAAUUCGUCUACUUACAAGUAUUGGUGAAUGUAUUCAAUAUACUCCUGCACUUAUCAACAAACGUUUAUUUCGUUUAUUACAAGUCAUUAUUGCUUCGGAUAUGCUUAAAAAAGUGCAUGCUGAACAUAUUGCUGAACAAGGUGCCCCUUCAAUUGCGCCUUCUCAAUGUUUUGGCAGUCCAACACAUACAGUUUUUAGUGGUGCGCCUGGAUCUACUGUUCCAAAUCCUUAUCAAAUACGAAUUAAAAAACGAGUAUUUCAUUGUGAAUUGAUGACCCGUCGUGUGCGUGCAACAGCUGUUCUUACAUUGGGGAAGCUGUGUUUACAGGAUGAACAACUUGCCAAAAAAUGUAUCCCAGUAUUUAUUAGAGAAUUGAAACAAAAUAGUGAUCAUUUUGUACGAAAUAAUAUUGUUGUUGUUGUUUGCGAUCUUUGUAUUAGAUACACUUCUUUGGUUGAUAGAUACAGCACAAUAUUAGCUUCGAGUCUUCGGGAUCCUUCAAUUCUAAUUAGACGUCAAACAUUAAUGCUUUUGACAAAUUUGAUUAAGGAACAAUAUAUGAAAUGGGAAGGACCGAUUAUUUAUCGUUAUGUAACAACAUUAUUGGAUCAUGAUCCUUGUAUUCAGGAAUAUGCUAAUUUCUGUUUGACGGACAUUCUUCUACCUCAAUUUCGUGAGCGAAUGUUCUUCCACCAUUUUCUUGAGUGUGUUUUUAGUUUUAACCAAGUUAAACAUCCAUCACAUAUUAAACCAAUUUAUGAUGAUGGCUUUGAAUUACAUUCUGAAGUAGAUAAACAAUGUUCUUUGGAAGGUCGCCAGAAGUUCAAUGAUCGUUUACGUCUUUAUAAAUAUAUGUUAAACACAUUUGAAGAUCAUCAAAAAGUCUCUAUCCUCGAAAAAAUUGGAUUAGAAAUAUUUGUUCCAAUUGUUGAAGGAGGAAUGCUUUUAUCUGAAAUAAAUGUUCGUUCAUUACUUUUUGAUGCUUUAAAAAUUAUGCAAACAUCUGAAAUUAAAUUAAAAAUGCAAUUGGGUAAAUUAGAUGUUGAUUAUGAAGGUGAUGAUGAAGAACCACCAGAAUUGAUUAAGUCAGCAGCUCGAAAAUUUAUUUCAACAACAUUCCGUAAAACAAUUGCUGAAACAGUUAUGCCACACUUAUUUGCUCUUAAUGCAUUUUUACGUGAAAAAAGAAGUCCGUUGACUGAAUAUUGUUAUGGCGUCAUUCUAGAAAUUUGUCGUGAUCAUCAAGAACAGUUGGACGAUUUUUUGGCUUCUGAUCCACAAUUAAAAGCAGAAAUUCGUUUUGAUUUGCGGCAAACUGCUGGUGGAGGUGGACAACAAGGACAACAGCAACAAAAAGAAAAGGAAAAUCGAAAUAAUAAAAGGGGAGGAACGCCGAGAAGUGAACAAAAAAGAAAUCGAAAACAACAAAAACAAAUGCACCAACGUUCAUUUUCACAAACACCUGGACGUGAAAGAAGUGUUGAUUAA